UGUCUAUGACUGUUCUCCUAGCGGCUGGAUAUUAUUAUGCAGGAAAUGUAUUUCCUUAGUCUUGAGCCUAGCAUUUUCAGAAAAGAGUGGCUUUAGACACCAAACAAUAUAGUUAUAUUGCUAUUAUAACGUAUCUAGCUAUCUUUCCCAUCCUACUUUUGUUUUCUAGCUACUUGCUUCUUCUCAAAAACGAAGCUAGCUAGAUAACUAGCCUCUGCUCUGGAACAGGGAAGAAGAGGACAAAACAACAAGGCACUGGACUGGUACAAGAAGGAUCAUACCCGUUCUUUUAUAGCUCCGUGAUCACACCACUUCUCCCCAGAUAGCUAACUAGAUAUGUUUUACUUCGAUGAUUGAGACUGUUCUGAUCAGUAUUGAGGAUCAACCUGACAUAAAGUACCGUAGCUUUCCGAUCGCUAGUUAUCUAACGUUAUAAUCUCUUAGCUAAGAUUAUAGCAGCUAGCUAAUGUUAGUGUAGCUAUCAGUGGCUGAACUUCCCAGUUACCUGGCCCUACUCAUCCCAUUCUCCACACAGACAGUGAAGCAGGAUGUUGGGUCUGUGGUGCAUGGGUGCCCGACUGGGCGUUCUCACUCUGGCUCUGUGCUGCACACUUGCCCCCUUACCUGCACACUCAUACAUCUAUGCUCAUUACAGCAAUAUGACCAGCAUGUUGUUUGAGGACCUGCCUGCCUUUUUUGGAUCAUCACUACCCAAAGAAGGACUUAUGGGUGUGUUAGUAGAGUCCCGACCACUCAACGGCUGCGCUCCGAUAGAACCUCCACCACCACCACCCACAUCUAGUGAUCCCAACACUACCACUACUAAGUACAUAGUCCUCAUCCGACGCUAUGACUGCAAUUUUGAAAUCAAGGUGCUGCAUGCACAGCAAGCUGGAUUCAGUGCAGCCAUCGUUCACAACAUGUACUCAGAGACUCUACUCAACAUGAACUACAGCAAUGAAACUAUUGCAGAGGAGAUUGAGAUCCCCUCAGUAUUCACCAGCUACUACGCCUCCCAAAUUCUCAGGACCUUCAUCAUUCCUGAACAAGGGGCCUAUGUGAUCCUCAAGCCGGAGUUUGCCUUCCCACUCUCAUACUAUCUCAUCCCCUUCACUGGAAUAGUGGGCAUGAUCAUCCUUGUGAUGGUUGUCAUCCUGAUUGUGCGCUGUGUGCAGUACAGGAAAAGGAUGAGGAAAAAUAGACUGACUAAGGAACAGCUGAAGAAGAUCCCCAUUCACAAGUUCACUAAAGGUGAUGAAUAUGAUGUUUGUGCUAUUUGUCUGGAUGAGUAUGAAGAGGGUGACAAACUGCGAGUUUUGCCUUGCUCACACGCGUACCACAGCAAGUGUGUGGACCCCUGGCUUACAGGGACUAAGAAAACUUGCCCUGUGUGCAAACAACGCGUAACCCGGCCUAAUCCAGAGUACUCUGAGUCCGAGUCUGAGGAUGAUGGGGCACGACGUGCAGACGAAGAGGGGGCAGAGGGUGAAGCUGACACAGAGCGCACCCCUCUGCUCCGCCCCUCCAACCCAGACUCCCCCUCUGGCAACCCAGGGGCCUACUCUGCCACCGUCACCACGGUAACCACCGCCCAGUGCCUAGGCUCCCCCGGGCACUGCGACUCGCCCAUCCUGGAGUACGAGGGCUACUUCUCCCCUCAGGAGGAGUCAGACUCUGAUACUGCGGAGGAGGGGAUGGACUCCCACCCCUCAGAUGAUGACACUGCCCAGCUCAUUGGUAGGGGCGCAGUGGGGGUCUGAAAGCCUGGAGGGAGCUGAGAUUAAAUUACUUUGUGCUAGCUGAAAAGGGUCAGUCUUGUCCCCGCAGGGUGUUUUUAAAUGGUUUAUGGAGCUGUGGCUAUGAAGUUGUCUUAGCCAUAGAUUUUCUAGAACACUAUUGUCACUUUGGUUACAUAGAACCGAUUUACAUAUUUUAUCCAACUCAUACUCAAUUUUGCUAGCUCUAACAUGUUCAUAUUUAGCCAAGAUUAUGUUAUGUUUUAGCAGUCCUGUCUUCAAAAUGAGGCACACAUUGAUAAGGACAGUAAAUCAGUUAACAUUUUGCUUUGAGUCUUUGCCAGUGAACUCUAACCCCCCCCCCCAAAAAAAAUGAAUAAACUGACCGGUAGUCUCAAUCAUAACUAUUAGUAUUUGGUUGAAUAAAUUCUGUCAAUGCACUACUUGACAAUUUACAUACCCCAAAUUCUUAUUUUCAAUGAAUAUACAAGGAGAUAACCCACCUGAGAUUUUUUUUUUGUAGUUAUUGAGUAGUUGUGUUCUUCAUAUUUCUUCUAAUUUCUAGUUUUUUUCUUCUUCUAGUAUUACAUUGUUAUUGAUUAUUUCAAUGUUGUGUUUUUAGUUUGAAAGAAAGGCAUGUCACUGUACUUGUGCAUGUGACAUUAAAACUUGAAACUUGAGUUGAAAGGAAACUACAGUGCUGCUGUCUCACUAAUAAGAUUUCUUCCCCAUGCUAGUAGUAUACGGGAACCUGUAUGCAUCUCUGUAACUUGUUUCUUUCAUUAUAUUGGGUAAGUGGGAGUAUAGUUUACUCUAUGGGGAGUUUCUCUCUGAUGGUUUAUGGAGUUUUUGGACUGUUAAUUUGUUAUGCAUCAUUGACCAGUAAUCAGGGCAUGCCAAAGGAGAUUUUUUUUUCCUUCUUCACUGUAAUACAUUUUUGUUGUCCAGCAUCGUUUCUUGUAACUACUUUUAAAAGUUCCGAAUUGGUUCAGUGUAAUUUUAUUUCAACUUCUUCUAUGAUAGAACGUUCAGAGUUCUUAAUGAUGUUGUAAUAUUUGUUUGUUUUCUGUCUGUUUUGUUUUUGACAUAACUGGUGAUAUGGUCUGUCUAAAAGAGAUUCCAUCUGCUUUCUGAAGAAGUUGAUCAAACUCAGGAAUAGGAACAUUAACUCUGUAUGGAAAUUACAUUUCAGAAUUCUUCAUGGAUAUUCUGGUUUUAUUUUCAUACAGAAUGAACAUAACAUAUUACACCAUAGAAUUUAGCAAACCAUCGGCACAAUUCUUUACAGUUUUGUCAAUCUAUCUCCUCACAUCAGCCUUUGUCUACCUGUAGAAGUACAGAUUAUUGUUAGGAGAAGUGUAUCUUAAGGGACUAUUACUCAUGUAACAUACUGUUUUUUUCUUUCUUCCUGUGUAGCCUUUUAUAUACAGUACACACUUUAGGAACAAGGUAGGCAACCAUGCAUUGUAUAUAACAUUAUGUAUAUGCUCAUAUGUCCAUGCAUCAAAAUACACUCCAUUUAGAUUAUUUUCUCCCUGAAAAGAGCAGAAGGGAGAUGCCAGUACUUAUACAGUAUGUUACAUAUUUACGUUGGUCUCCACCUCGGCUAUGAAUCUAUUGCUUUCUGUAUGCAAUUUCUCGAUUGUCUGUGUACAUUGCGUAUUCUGGUAUUCCUAGGAUGGCAAUUAUUUGUUGGCAAAUUAUAUGUUGAAAUGUCCUCCCAUAUGACAUGAUGUAUGAUUUAACUUAUGCUUUUGAGUAGAAUGUGCCUAAUUUCAGUCAGAAUGUGUCUUUAUUGGCGAUAAAUUAUCAAUGUUCAUAUACCACAACAAUUUAAUAUGUAGAUGUAUUUUUUAAAAACAUUUUGGAAAUCAAUUCUGUUGGAUGGACUUAUGUCAAAAUGUACUUUUAAGCACAAGCAAAACAAUAGUAAUCAUGGCUAUAAGCUUCUGUGGCGCUCAUGUCAAGGAUAGGACCAAGUUUGAAGUGUUAUGUAACUGUAUGUCUUCAUUCAUUUAUUAUGUAAUUGUCUAUUAAUCUUUGACUGCUGCUUUUCCAUAACCUCCUUUCUCACUUUGCUGAAGAUUUAUAUAGUCUUGUGACAUUAAGUUGGUCCCAUAAAAAUAAAUGACAUAUUUUCCAUGA